AUGGACACCCUACCCACAGUUCAGUGUGCUUUUAUCAAAGCGGAAGGUGAACAAUGUCGAAAGAAGGUCAAAGAUCGGUCCGGCUACUGCAAUCACCAUAGGGGAAAAGAACAAACCCAGAUGUCAACACAAGAGACAGCCCAGGAGUCGGCGCUCGAGGAACUAGCGAUGGCAGAGGACAGCGGAGACCUUCUACUCCCGCUUCGACCGGCAGUUGAUGUGAACAGGACUGCUGAAGCGUCUACUGAGCAGAUACAGCGUAGCACCCAGGCUGACUUGGAGGAGCUCGUGUCAGCGACAACUCAGCAGACACAGCGCGGCACCCAGGCUGACUUGGAGGAGCCCAUGCCAGCGACAACUCAGCAGACACAGCGCGGCACCCAGGCUGACUUGGAGGAGCCCGUGUCAACGACAACUCCCACUCCUAUUCAGCCAUCAGACCAGAAAAUGCAGACAGAUGUCGCUCAAACCCCCCCCUCCAUCAACGACAAAACGAAACUGCGCGUUUUCGAGCUCAUUAAGCAUCGCAAUGUCGUUGAGCAGAAGCUCUUCGAGUGUUUCCAGCCACUGCUUAGUGACGGCAAGGCUUUUCUGGAGGAAAUGGACAGGGUGAGGGAGAUGGUGGAAAAGAACGGAGGAUCGGUCAUUUACAUCGUCGACGAAACUACUAGAAGAAGGGCAGAAACCAACCCCAAGCUUGUGAUGAUUGUAAAGCUAUGCCAAGAGUUGGACGUCCGCAUGGCGGUUCUGACGAACGAAAAGGUCCUGUUGAGAAAGAAGAGGUCCUAUUGGGAGGGAAGACCGGAGGCGAUCGAUGAGGACGAUGAUGAUGUUGCGACCCUGGAGGUCAUCCGGUGCCCCGUUUGCCGCUUCGCCGCCCCUCCCACCGCCGUCUAUCCCGUGCCCCUCGACCGCGCCGGCGAGCCGUACGACCCGCGCCCCGUCCCCGGCGCCUUCGAUCCCUUCAUGCUCGCCGCCUGCGAGCAGGAGGCCACGGAUGAGCAGGAGGAACAGACCCGCCUGGAGGAGGAGCUGAAAACCGCCCUCCAGCAGCAGCAGCAGCAGCAGCAGCAGCAGGAGGAGGAGGAGGAGACUGCCGGUGCUGUUGACGCUGCCGAUGCCGACGACGACGAAGACCACGACCACGACGACCACGGACCUUUCGUGGCGGACUGCAUUGUUGCCUACGACGCCCUGACGGACUCAUGCACAGUCAGGUGGCUUGCGGUCGGCGGAGGCACCUUGGUAACGCAAGAACUGAUGCCAGGCUUGGUUGCCGCUGCCAGAGUGGUCGCGGGUGGAGAGAGUUGGAUCCUCGCAGAGUGA